AGUCCCCACUGCCGCUAAUAAUUAAGCUUCAUCAUUUCAUAUCCAACGAAGUAAUCCGCCAUUCAUAUACAUUGGGGUUUAAUUACAAGCUUUAUUAGGAUUAAUUUGCAGCAGCCAUGGGAGAUGUGGAUCCGGCUUUCAUCCAACCAGCCCAACACAGGCCCAAGCUGUCCUUCACUGAAGCCCACGGCAUCCCACUCAUCGACCUCAACAGCAGCAGUUACGCCGCCAUGGGAGAUCUGGUGGCGGAGAUUGGGGCCGCCUGCAAGAACUGGGGGUUCUUCCAGGUGAUCAACCAUGGGGUGCCGCCGGAGACGCGCCGGAAGCUGGAGGAGGCGGCUAGGAGGUUCUUCGCACAGCCGCCGGAGGAGAAGAGGAAGGUGAAGAGAGACGAGGUGAAUCCGCAGGGUUACUAUGACACUGAGCAAACCAAGAAUGUCCGCGACUGGAAGGAGGUGCUUGAUCUCACUGUCAAGAACCCUACUAUUCUUCCGGCUUCGCUUGAUCCCGCCGACGGAGAGCUCCUGCAGCUGGUUAACAGAUGGCCAGAGAAUCUUCCCGAGUUGAGGCCAUUGGUCACCAGGGAGGCGUUUGAAGAAUAUGCGGGCGAACUGGAGAAACUGUCCCACAAGCUACUCCGACUCAUCUCACUUAGCCUGGGCUUGCAGGAGAAUCGCCUGAGCGGCUUCUUCAACGACCACACGAGCUUCAUCCGGCUGAACCACUACCCGCCUUGCCCAAUCCCCCACCUGGCUCUGGGCGUCGGCAGCCACAAGGACAGCAGCGCCUUGACCGUCCUCGCCCAGGACGAAGUCGGAGGGCUGGAAGUGAAGCGCAAGGCCGACGGCGAGUGGGUCCGAGUCCGGCCAACCCCCGAGGCUUUCAUCAUCAACGUGGGCAGCAUCACUCAGGUGUGGAGCAACGACGAGUACAAGAGUGUGGAGCACAGAGUGAUUGUGAAUUCGGAGAAGGAGAGGUUUUCGAUUCCGUUCUUCUUCAAUCCCGACCACAGUGUGAUGGUGGAGCCAUUGAAGGAGCUUGUGACGGAGCAAAGCCCCGCGAAGUACAGGCCCUACAACUGGGGUAAGUUCCAUGCCAACAGGAAGCUCAGUAACUUCAAGAAUCUUGGCGUCGACAACAUCCAAAUCGAUGAUUUCAGGCUCCAGGAGUGAUCUUCUUGAACCAUGAAAUUCAACCGUUACAAAAUAAUGUGUGUGUGUGUUUGAAUAAUGCUUUGUCAUGGAAGCAGCAGCCAUUGCAGAUCCGUGUUGAUCACAGUAUGUACUAUGUAUGAACAUAUAUAUAUAUAUAUAUAUAGUGGUUUGACAAUAUUAGACAUGUAUACUGGUAAUGGCGUAAUGCUAAUUAUGUUUCAAUAAAUAUAUCCUAUGUUUUGCUUCAAA